AUGGCUACCUCGCACUUUGCUAUAACCGGUGGUUGUGGAUAUAUUGGCUUGCGUCUUGCUCGUUAUUUACUUGAAACCAGUCAAGCCAAUUUUGUAUAUUUGCUUGAUAUCCGACCGCCCACUGACGAUGAAGUAUCUUUGAAUUCGAAUGCAUCUCGUUUGAUCUUUCGUCAUUGUGAUUUACGUUCGGAGCAAUCUGUUGUCGAAGCGUUAGUUGAUACAACAUGCGUCUUUCAUCUAGCGAGCUAUGGAAUGUCCGGUAGAGAAAUGUUGAAUACAUCAAUGAUCUAUGAUGUGAAUGUCACUGGUACGGAAAAUGUGAUCAAAGCAUGUGUGAAACAUGGAAUUCGUAAACUAGUUUACUGUUCGACUUACAAUGCUGUUUAUACAGGAAAGAAAGAAUUACGAGGUGUUAUUGAAGCUCAAUGUUCGUAUCCUUGCUCCAAUGAUUACUAUGACAACUAUAGUCGCACGAAAUCCUUAGCUGAACAGAUGGUCUUAAAAAGUGCAUCGUCGGACUUGUAUACAGCAGCGAUUCGACCAGCAGCUAUUUAUGGUGAUGGAGAACUUCGACAUUUACCACGAAUAUUAAAUCUAGUAAGACAAGGUUUAGCAUUUUUUGCUGUUGGUCACGAAAAUGUUCUUUGUGAUUGGAUUUACGCUGAUAAUCUAGUGAAUGCAUUAGUAUUAGCUGCAGAAUCUUUACCGAAACAUUCUGGCGAAGCUUACUUCGUAUCGGAUGAUAAUCCAGUGAAUAACUUCCAUUUUUUAGGUCAAUUAACCGAAGGUUUAGGCUAUGCAAAUUGUUUUACGUUCUAUGUUCCAACUGUCAUCAUGUUUUAUUUGGGUUAUCUCAUUGAAAUCAUACAUAAUUUAGUUGCUAAACAUAUUUACAAUUUCGCCCCGUUUCUAACUCGUGCGGAAGUUUUAAAAGUCGGCGUUACACAUUAUGCUAAUAUCGACAAAGCGAAAACGUUACUAGGCUAUCAAGUACAAGUGAGUCCCGAAGAAGCAAUGCAACGAUGCAUCAAAUGAAAACGCUUUUUAAUGUCGACUUCAAUCGUCGACGAGCCUCUCUCUGAAUCCUACGAGUUCGCUAAUGUAAAAAAUGAAGUUCUUGUUACACUCUAUGCAAAUGGUGCAUUCGAAGUAAAGGACAUCGAUAUUUCUAUUGACACAGAUAAAUUAGAUGUCCGAACACCAGCAAAUGAAGUAUGGUUGUUUCGAUUAUAUGAACAUAUCUAUUCGGACCGAGUGGAAAUCGAAGCAACAAUCAAUGGUGCACGAACUCAAACGUCGAUCGAAAUUCGUUUGUUCAAACAACAACCACGAACAGUCUGGCCACAAUUGUACAGUUACGAUUCUACGCCAAUAACACCACAGCGUGCUGGAGAUUUAAGCGAAUUUCAUGACGUUUGCAUGACAGACGAUCAACAUUAUGACUUGUCAACGAAAAAGAUCAAAAAUGAUUUCAUUGAAACUAAUGAAACCAUUACAGCGCAUUUCUAUAUUAAGCAGGUCCGUGAUUGUCUAGUACAGUUCACUGAGACCAAUUUCACUGCUAGUUUUUAUUCAAAUGAUGAAGCCUUUCUCAAUAACCAUUCGAUCACUGCUGAUAGGUUAAUUAAAUUAUUUGUUCGCGUCAAAGAGCGAAUUGUUCCGAAUAAAUGUUCAUUUAAAGUAACAUCAACAGUUAUUGAAAUCCUUCUUGUCAAAGAGCAUACGCACGGUUCAAGAUGGGGUCGAUUAGAACCAAACGAAUAUUCCGAAUCUCUUCGUCCGCUUACGCAACAAAUUUCACCGAGCACACCACCAUCGUCUCCUGUUUCCUUGCCGCCAACAGCCAUUAAUUCAACAUCAAUCAAUCACAGCAAAGCUACCUCCAUAUCAUCCCCGCCACCACCACCACCUCCUCCUCUCCCAACAGCUACAAAUCGACAGUCCGAUAAGUAUCCAUCUGCAUCAGCAUUCGCCACAUCAAUUCAGCAAAAAAAUCAACCUUUAUCAUCAACAAUGUCUGCAUCUGUAACACCUGGCUAUACUGGAAUUCAUAAUCCAGCUAAUUCAUGCUUUAUGAACGCUGCCAUUCAAUGUCUAUCUAAUACACGUGAACUACGCGAUUAUUUCCUCAAUUCGUAUCAUUUACGGGAAAUCAAUCGAACGAAUCCACUCGGUAUGAAAGGCGCCAUGGCCGAAGAAUUUGGUGCUCUGAUCAAAAGUUUAUGGGAAGGAAAACAUAGUUGGACAUAUGCGAAUCGAUUACGAAGUUUAGCGUCUGUAAGACAUCAAGAGUUUGUUGGUAAUGGGCAGCAUGAUGCACAAGAAUUGUUAACUAUUUUAUUAGAUGCUAUACAUGAAGAUCUCAAUCGAAUCAUAAAUAAACCUCAAGUACCACCGGUAGAAGAUCAAGGUCGAUCGGAUUAUAUUGUUGCUGAUGAGUAUUGGCAGGGUUAUUUAAAACGAAACGACUCGAUCAUUGUUCAAUUGUUUACAGGUCAAUUUAAAUCAAAAACAAAAUGUCCAGAAUGCCACAAAGAAUCGGUGACAUUCGAUCCGUUUACAACACUUUCUGUUCCAUUACCAAAACGAAUAGCUGUGGACACUAUUGUUACAUAUAGAAGUGAUGAAAAACCAGCAACAAAAUAUCGUAUUAUUAUGUCCGCUGAUGGAACGAUCAGUGAAUUUAAACGAUUAUUAUCCGCAAAAUGUGGGCUAACUACGAAUAAAAUGAUAGCAUACAAAAUACGAGCGAAUCGCAGUGUUGAACAUCUCAAAGAUGAUGAUCGGCCAACAUCGACUGGUUAUUCAUGCAAUAACAAUAGUGAUAUCAUUCAUAUAACAGAAACAUUAACAAGUGCAGAGUGUAAUAAUGAGCCAGUUAUACGUUUAACAUUUACACAACGCAUCUUUAAGUUAACCGAGUAUGUCUCAUCAUGCAAUUAUUGUCAGGUACCGCCAAAUCCACAUAGUCAAUCGAGAUUCUGUUCCAAUUGCUACCAAGUAUCUUAUUGUGAUGAAACAUGUCAAAAACUUCAUGCCGCUGAACAUAAGAACUAUUGUGGAUUUCGAUUAUCUGAUAAUUAUGAAUUCAUUGGUACUCCAUUUAUUAUUUCAUUAGCGGAAUCGAAGUUGACAUGUGAAAAUGUCUUUGAACAAAUUAGUAUUUAUGCCAAACGAAGUGUUGAUAUACAUAUCGAAUGUUCAAAACGUAUUCGACGAGCAAUGUUAAACAACGAUGAUUACGAUCGAAUAAAUAGUGAUCUAGAUGAUGAAGAUGAUAGCUUCAGUGAUAUCGAAAAUGUUGACUGGCCAACAAUAAAAAGCACUCUCUCGUCGUCGGAUUCCUGGUCUAUAUGCCGCUUAGGAGAUUAUUUUGUUAAAACGAGCAAAAAUAAACGUCGCCGCGCAGAUGAAAAUACCAAUCGAAAAGGCAAAUUAGCGAAACACGAUUUGACAACGACAUCCCAUAGUGAUAGUAAUAGUAGUACGGAAGAUUUCGAUAUGCUUGAUGACAUUUAUCGAAAUCAACCAUUAUUUCGUCUGAUGCCACAAAUAACGAACAGUUCAAUGAACAAUAAUAAUCCCGUCCAACCAAUAAUCGAACCAGGAACUGAUGCGGAUAGAAUUUUACGCCAUUAUUCCACAUUUUCGAUUGACUGGUUCACCGAUAAUAAACCAGAAGCUCCAUUGCGUGUUAUACCAACUAAGAAUCGUCACGGUAUCAAUGGUCUUAUUGAAGAUAACAGUGUUCUCGAUUCCACUGCUGGUGAUCAAGAAAUAACAUUACAGCAGUGCCUUCAAAUGUUCAUCGAACCCGAAGUUCUAGGUCCCGAUGACAAAUGGUAUUGUCCACAUUGCAAAGAACAUAUGCAAGCUGAAAAGAAAAUGUCAGUUUGGCGUUUACCACCGAUUUUAAUUAUUCAUUUAAAACGGUUUAAAUACUAUCAUGGUACAUCAUAUGGGUACCUGUCAGACUCGAGAGUUAAAAUCGAUACAAAUGUGAAAUUUCCUGUACACGAUCUGAACAUGGGUCCGUAUUGUUCAUCGACAACAGAUUCUUCUCAAUCUCGUUAUGAUCUAUUCGGAAUUAUUAAUCAUCGAGGCAGUGCUUGGUUCGGACAUUACACAUCGUUUGCAAGACUCUUAUCUCCUAACGACUCAGCUAAAACUGAAAUAGGAUGGAGAAAUUUCGAUGAUGAACAUGUUUCAUCUCUCUCCUAUGAUAAAGAUCUUGUUCGAUCCGAUGCCUACGUUCUCUUUUAUCGUCAUCGUCAUCUACCAGUCGAUCUUGCUACGAGUGACAACAACGUUUCAUUAGCAUCACCCAUCUCGAUGGACAUCUAUGAAGAUGCUGUAUCAAUGGACUCAGCAGAGAUGAAAGAUAUUCACGAUUUUAUGAAAUAG